GUGACAUAGGCAUUGAUGUGCCCCUUUGUUUCAAAAACACACUUCUGUAUUUCACCUAAUUGGGACAAUCCAACCCCAUAUCAUAUUUCAUCACUCUGUCCUUGCUCUACUGGAACUGUUCUUACUGAUCAAUUACUACUUUUCCCUCCCCAUAGUUACCGUACACGAGAAGAAAUUCAGGAAGUAAGAAGUAAGAGUGACCCUAUUAUGCUUCUCAAGGACAGGAUGGUGAACAGCAAUCUUGCCAGUGUGGAAGAACUAAAGGAAAUUGAUGUGGAAGUGAGGAAGGAGAUUGAGGAUGCUGCCCAGUUUGCCACGGCCGAUCCUGAGCCACCUUUGGAGGAGCUGGGCUACCACAUCUACUCCAGCGACCCACCUUUCGAAGUUCGUGGUGCCAAUCAGUGGAUCAAGUUUAAGUCAGUCAGUUAAGGGGACUUGAAGGGGAGGUUAUACCUUCAGGGGGCUACCAGUGUUCUCAACUUGGUUAAGGAGGAAGAAAAUCCAGUCAAUGAAAUUCUUGUAAACUUCCAUUAAGACUUAAGUGUGUAGACUGAGCAGGUAGUAAUUGCAUGCACUCUGUACAUUGUUGCAUUAAAAGAUGAAUUAUUGAGUGCUUAAAGAU